AUGGGGAGCAUCGCACAAGACGAUGGUUAUCAUGGUAAUGUUGUGGAGAGAAGCAAUCUCUACCCAAAUGGCCGCCUAUCGUCAGACCUGGCUGAACCGAUUGCCAUCGUAGGUAUGGCUAUGCGACUUCCGGGAGGGGUCCGCAACGAUCAGGACUUCUGGAACUUUCUCGUCGAGAAGAGAAGUGGUCUUUGCGAAGUGCCCAAGGAUCGUUAUAAUGUGGCUGGAUUUUGCGAUCCUUCCGGCAAGCCAGGCACUUUCAAGCCCGAAAAAGCAUAUUUCCUCCAGGAUGUGAGCAUCCAAGAAUUCGACACUAGCGUGUUUCCAAUUACAAAGACAGAGCUGGAGAGGCUCGAUCCUCAACAGCGUCAACUGUUAGAAGUUGCCUAUGAAUGCAUGGAGAAUGCGGGAGCAACAUCGUGGCGUGGAACCAAGAUCGGUUGCUAUGUUGGUGUUUUCGGUGAAGACUGGCAGGACUUGAAUGCCAAAGAAACACAACAUCGGGGAGGAUACCGUGUUACUGGUUAUGGUGACUUCGUAUUGGGAAACAGGGUUUCGUAUGAGUUUGACCUUCAUGGGCCCAGUAUGACCGUCAAAACAGGUUGCUCUUCCUCAUUGGUUUGCUUAGACAUGGCUUGUGAAGCCAUCCGAAAGGGUGACUGUGACGGUAGUCUUGUCUGCGGCACAAGUCUCAUAUUCUCCCCGACCAUGACGAUGGCUCUCAGUGAUCAAGGUGUCCUUUCUCCAGAUGGUAUUUGCAAAACGUUUGAUGCUUCCGCCAACGGCUAUGGUCGCGGUGAGGCUGUCAACGCAAUCUAUAUCAAGAAGCUCAGUAAGGCCAUUGAAGACGGCGACGUUGUUCGAGCCGUGAUCCGCGGUACCAGUGUCAACACUGACGGUCGAACGAACGGAAUGCUUACUCCGAGCCCCGUGGCCCAGGAGGCUUUAAUCCGCCAGGCUUAUAAACAGGCUGGUAUCAAGAAUAUGUGUGAAACUGCCUUUGUCGAAUGCCACGGUACAGGUACUCCAGUUGGCGAUCCUCUUGAGACAACAGCCGUGGCGAAAUGUUUCGGCAAGGAGGGCGUGCUUAUCACAUCAGUCAAGCCAAACGUCGGUCAUUCUGAGGGUGCUGCAGGCAUCACAAGUCUGAUCAAAUCCAUAUUGGCUAUCGAACAUCGUCAGGUACCACCCAACAUUCACUUCACUACUUUCAAUUCGAAAAUUCCUUUCGAAAGCGGCAAACUUCGCGUUCCUGUGGAUGUAGAGGAAUGGCCCCGUGGACGUGCCGAGCGAGUCAGUGUAAACUCGUUCGGCAUCGGUGGUGUGAAUGCCCACGUCGUGGUGGAAUCUUUGGAGCAAUACUUCAGACAUAAUCCCAUAUGCACGAAGCAGACAUCCCUGGUUACCGGCCCCCGCUUGAUGAGUGAAACUGCUGACGUACAGCAACUGAUGUUGUUCUCGGCACAUAGCGAAACAUCGCUGAAGGAGGCCAUUGACCAGCAUCGAAAGUACAUCGAAGCGUCUGAUGUGCAUUUCCAAGAUAUCGCCUACACUCUUGCUAACCGUAGAGACCACGCGGUCCGAAGCCAUCGCGCCUUCGCCGUUGCUAUGAAGGUCAAUGGAAAGAUAUCCUUCGAUGUGACCGGACCAACCGCCGUCAUCGAGCCUGUGCCCCGUGUUGGUUGGAUUUUCACUGGUCAAGGUGCUCAAUGGCCAGAGAUGGGAGCCGAACUGAUUGAUGCCAAUUCGAUAUUUCGUAAUUCUAUCAGGGGAUUAGAUGAGUUUCUGGCCUCACUGCCGAACCCACCUUCUUGGACAAUUGAAGAUGAGCUGCGCAAGUUGCCAAGCUGCAGUCGUGUCUCACAAGCUGAGUUUGGACAUCCGCUGUCGAUUGCUGUCCAGAUUGGUUUGAUUGACAUGCUACGCGCUUGGAAUAUCAAACCUGACUUUGUCCUCGGACACUCGUCUGGCGAAAUGGCUGCUGCAUAUGCCAGCGGUGCUAUCUCUGCAACUGCUGCAAUGGCUGCUGCAACGUUCCGCGGAUCGACGUCCUCGGACGAAAGGCCCGGUGGUAAACCUCGAGGAGGAAUGGCAGCUAUCGGCCUUGGAGCUCACGAGAUGGAUGAAUUCAUGGAGCCUGGCGUUGUCAUUGCCUGCGAGAACAGUCAAUGUAGUGUCACCAUUUCUGGCGAUAUUGACCAGGUCGCCAUUAUUGUUGAGAAUGUCCAGAAGAAGCGGCCUGGUGUCUUGGCCCGCUUCCUGAGGGUUGAAAAAGCAUUCCAUUCUCACCAUAUGAAAGAGUAUGGUGCGUCGUAUGAGAAGCAUCUGAAACCAUUUGUCCAGAGUGUUGACCCAAUCUUUCCUUUCUACUCCUCCGUGACUGGAAAACAGCUGGUCGGCGAUGGACGCCUUGACCCUGACUACUGGCGAAAGAAUAUGGAAAGCCCGGUUCUUUUCAACACAGCCCUACGUUCUGCCCUAAAGUCUCGAAAAGAGCGCAUGGUUUUGAUUGAAAUCGGACCGCACCCUGCUCUUAAGGGUCCCAUUGGCCAGAUUCUGCGAAAUAUCAACCGCAAUGAGAUCAGCCAUGUUGGUACCCUCCAGCGAGGCAAGAUAUGCUCGGACAGCAUUUUGGAGACCGCCGGAAAUCUGUUUCUCCAGAAUAUUCCCCUUGAUUGGUCUGUAAUUUGCCCUCCUGGAAAAAUUGUACGUAAUCUUCCCCAGUACUCUUGGAAACAUGAUACUUCGUUUUGGGCCGAAAAUCGCCUUGCCAGCCAGUUUAGAUUCCGGGAAUUCCUCCCCCAUGACCUGCUCGGCACCCGCGUUGUUGAGGUCUUUAAUGAGAACUGCUGGAGAAACAAACUUGCUUUGGACGAUCUUCCAUGGCUACAAGGUCACGAAAUUGAUAGCCAGAUUGUGUUCCCCGGAGCUGGUUAUAUCUGCAUAGUUGGAGAAGCCAUCAGACAGUUGUCUGGAGCUACUUCAUACACUCUUAACAAUGUCAGUAUUACGGCGGGUCUGAUUCUAGAACACGAUAAGUUGGUGGAAAUCGUGACUCGUCUCACGCCCAACGCCGUGGAGUCAGAUGAAACCGCGUCAUACUCAUUCCAGAUCACUUCGUAUGACGGCUCACGAUGGACUAAACACUGUUCUGGCGAAAUCAAGGGCUUUGUGGAUAAAUCUGUCAGCACUGAGAUAAGUGACUAUCCGGAUCUAAGUCGUCAGGUCGAUGCAAAUGAGUGGUAUACGGUCCUGAAUCGGAUUGGUUUCAACUACAAAGGAUUUUUCAGGGGCCUCCAACAGAUCUCCGCCAGUCCAGUGAACAUGGAGGCAGUUGCUACAGUCCCAUUCGUUAAAGAUACAAGGACUCACUACGCCAUACACCCUGGUAUCAUUGAUCAGUGCUUCCAGUUGUUUACCGUUGCGGCAUGUCGCGGUCUCGGUCGAAAUUGCAAGAAUGUCGCUGUACCAACCUUUAUCGAAGAAAUGGUCGUUUGCCCGGCUAAUCUUGACAUGCAAGUUGUAGCAAAAAUCAACAACGUGGAACGUGGUUCCUUUGAAGGUAGCCUAACUGCCCAGGGCCAAGGUCGUCUGUUCCUCUCUCUCAAGGGUUUCAAGGCAUCUGCUAUGACGAACUCUGGGGAUGAUGAAUCUUUACCACUUAUCACCCAAUUUGAAUGGCGUCCUCACGCAGACUUUAUCCAGAUGAAGGAUUACAUGUAUCCUCGAACCUUUAUACCCCAUGAAUGGCCAAUGCUGGAAGAGAUGAUGCUGCUGGCGAUCAUUGACCAUCAAGAAGCUAUUCGUCUGACCGAAAACAGCCCCGUUCAUCUAGAGAAGCUAUUCAAAUGGAUUCAGGACUAUAUUGCAUCAUACAAGGCUGGUGGUAAUAUAUUCUUAUCUAAAGACAUGUCUUAUGAGAGCAUGAGCAGAGAGCAGCGCCUGAACCGAAUCGAGCAUCUUGCACAUGAGCUGUCUUCAUCGCAUUACGAUGCCUUUGCCAUAGCAAUUCACCGCCUGUUCAAGAAAGCGGAUCAAAUAUUUGCUGGAGAUGCCCACGCCUUGCAUAUACUCAUGGAAGACGACGUCUUGACACGCCUGUACGCUAACGGAGACGAACUUCUCUAUGGAGACGCCAUUCGAGCUCUCGGACACACAAAUCCUCGCCUCCGAGUUCUCGAGGUUGGUGCCGGUACCGGUGGUACAACAUCAAAGGUUCUAGAUGCACUGAAAACUUCUUAUGGCGAGCGCCUGUACAGCAGCUACACCUACACUGAUGUAUCAGCCGGUUUUUUCACCGCUGCCAAGGAGCGUUUUGCGGAUUUUGAGGCAAUUCACUAUGCCACAUUUGAUAUAUCCAAGGACCCAGAACAACAAGGUUUCCAGAAGAAUUCAUAUGACUUGAUCAUUGGAUACAAUGUCGUUCAUGCAACAGCUAGUUUACAAGAGUCCCUUGGCAAUCUUCGCAGUCUUCUUAGCCCAAGUGGGCGUAUCUUCCUUCAAGAGCUAUGUCCUGCCGCAAAAUACAUCAACUACAUCAUGGGCUUCCUUUCCGGGUGGUGGCUGGGCGACAAAGACGACCGCGCUGUUGAGCCUUAUAUCUCUCCUGAGCGCUGGUCGAAGGAACUUGUAGCUGCAGGGUUCAAAAAUCCUGAAUACGUCCUAGAUGGUAUCUAUCCAUAUCAUCAGAGCGCUGGUAUCAUGGCCACGGUUAGCUCGCAGAUGGAGCCACCCUCUAACGUCAGCAUUUUGUGCUAUGAACCAAAGGCGCCAAUGGUUCAUGAACUGAAGACAAGCCUUGAGUCACAGGGAAUCAGCGUUACGGAGAUCGUUUUUGGACAAAAGUUGCCUUCGCAUGAUAUUAUUUCAGUUCUUGACAUGGAAAAGCCUACCGCUCAUGAAUUGAACGAGCAAUCUUUCAAGUCGUUGGUAGGAAACCUACAAAGCAUCAAGUCCAAAAUAAUAUGGCUCCUGGGCUCUUCCCAAGUCAAGUGUGAGGACCCAAAAGCCGCCAUGAGUAUCGGCCUUCUGCGAACUGCGCGCAACGAAUACUCGACCAGCAUCUACACUCUAGAGAUUGAGAAAGUAGCCUCGACGCCUGUAGUUGCCAAGGCCGUAUCAGACCUUUUGUUCCAUAUUCAGGCACAUGAAUCCAAAAUAGACGAUGUGAGUCAAGAUUGGGAAUAUGCACUGAUCAAUGGCAAGAUGCUUGUUCCUAGAUUGCACUGGCAGACCAUGUCAAAUGCUUUCGACAAUGUAGGCGGUGGUUCGCAUAAGUCUUCCUUCAAGUACUUGACUAUCAGAACUCCAGGAUUGCUUCACACCAUGGGCUGGGCCGAAGAUGCUAGGAAGCCUCUCGGUGAGGACGAGGUGCGAGUAACGACCAAGGCUAUUGGUCUCAACUUCCGGGAUGUCCUCAUUUCUCUCGGCGUCCUCAACAACAGCACACGUGAAAUUGGACUCGAAGGAUGCGGUGUCGUGGCGGAGGUCGGCGCUGGAGUUACCAAAUUCGCUGUUGGGGACCGUGUCAUGUACAUGUCCAGCGGAUGCUUCACGUCUGAGAUUACUCUACCUCAGACCCUUUGUGUGAAGAUUUGCGACUUUAUGACCUUCGAGCAAGGUGCUGCGAUACCCUGUGUGUAUGCCACUGCAACCAUGGCUCUGGUUGAUAAGGCAAAUAUUCGACCUGGCCAGACCGUCUUAAUUCACUCGGCCUGCGGAGGAGUAGGGUUGGCAGCGAUCCAGAUUGCUCAGAUGAUGGGGGCGAUGGUCUAUUGCACGGUAAGCAACGAGGACAAGUCUAAAUACCUAGUGGAAAAUCACAAUAUCCCUCGCGCCAACAUCUUCAAUUCCCGAGACUCAUCUUUCGUCCGCGAUGUGAUGCGAAUGACCAACGGCAGAGGCGUUGACGUUGUCCUCAACAGCCUUUCUGGCGAUCUCUUGCACGCAUCGUGGAAGUGUGUUGCCGAAUUCGGAACAAUGAUUGAGAUUGGCAAACGAGACUUCCGGCGACGUGCCAAGCUGUCAAUGGAAGCAUUCGAGCAGAAUCGUACUUUCGUUGGCCUCGACCUGUGGCAGGUCUCGCAGGUCCGUCCUGAACAAGCUUCAGAGUUGCUGGAACGAUGCAUUGGUUGGAUCCAACAAGGCUUGCUCAAUGUCGGCGCCAUUGCCAAGGUAUUCGAUGCCAUCCAGAUUCAAGACGCCUUUAGAUUCAUGCAAGGGGGACGGCACAUCGGUAAAAUCAUUAUCACCAUGCCCGAAAGCACGGAUGUCUUGCAGUCGGUCAAGCAGCGACCACAGCCCCAGAUACGGUCUGACCGCAGCUACAUUCUAGUCGGUGGUCUGGGGGGUCUCGGUCGAUCUCUUGCGAGGUGGUUGGCGGAGAAUGGCGCCGGGGAGUUGAUCUUCUUGUCUCGUUCGGCUAAGCCAGGCACGGACGUAGACGUAUUCAAAGCUGAGCUGACUUCCCAAGGAUGCUCUGUACAGUUCGUGAGCGGUAGCGUUGCUAACGCGGUCGAUGUGCAAACAGCUAUCAAGUCAGCCACCAAACCAAUUUCUGGUGUUGUCAAUCUGUCCAUGGUCCUUAGGGAUGUCACACUGCAAGAUAUGACUUUUGAGGACUGGGUCACUGCCGUCACUCCCAAGGUCCAAGGUACCUGGAAUCUUCACGAGGCUCUCCCGACAGAUUUGGACUUCUUUAUUCUCUGCUCGUCAUAUAGCGGUAUAGUCGGUCAAUGGGGUCAAGCCAACUACGCUGCCGCCAAUACCUUCUUAGAUGCUUUUAUACAGUAUCGUCAUGAAAAGGGACUCGCCGCCUCAGUCAUCGAUAUUGGUGUUAUGGGCGAGGUUGGCUUUGUUUCCAAGCACAAGGAAGUCCUUGAUCGAUUCGAAAAGUCCGGGAUGCGCAUUCUCAAGGAGCAGGAUCUACUGGAUGCUUUCAACCUCGCCAUCCAGAGUUCUGCUCCCACAGACAGCGAGAUUCACUGCCACAAUGGCGAUGUUGGUGCAUAUAACAGCCCUGGCCAGAUUCUGCUGGGUCUUGUUACCACCCUUCCAGUGACAUCCCCCAACAACCGCGUUGUCUGGAAAAACGAUAUCCGCAUGGGCAUCUAUCACAACAUCAACUGUGCCGAAGACUCGUCAACCAAGGCGAUGGCCGAAAAAGAUGAUAUUGCAAACCUUCUUUCCACAGCUUCGACAUCCCCUUCCGUUCUAGACGAAGAAUCAGCCACAGAAAUUAUUGCCAAAACUAUUGCCGCCUCACUGGCCAAGUUCCUCAUCAAAGAUGAGUCCAGCAUUCAGCUUCAGCUCUCACCAGAGAAGAACGGUAUUGACUCCCUUGUUGCCAUGGAGCUUCGAAACUGGAUAAGGCAGAAGUUCAGCAUUGAGACGAGCGUCAUGGUGAUUAUUCAGUCUUCAUCCCUUAAUAGUCUCGCCGAUGCCAUACGGCAGGAAUUGGUUCAGCGCUUCUCGCAAAGCUGA